AUGCUGCUCCUGCCACUCUUAUUAUUUUUCCCUUCGUUGCUUAACCUGAUGUUUGCCAAUAGUGCUCUUUAUCGAAAUCCAACAGGCGAAAUUUCUCUCGGUAACUUUAAGUGCGACCCCUUCUAUUACCUUUGGGAAGAAAAACUUACAUCGUCCAUGGUAAAAGGUCAGUUUUUCUGCGCUUUCCUUUGUGUUAAUGAACCGAGGUGCUAUUCGUUUAACGUGGCAGAGUAUCCUGACUCCAACGGUCUUUAUCUUUGUGAGUUGUUGGUCACUGACAAGUACACAGCUACUGGAAAGCUCUUUGCAAAUGCCACAUUCCAUCAUUUUAGUCCUUGGGUAAGGUCUCCUUGCAUAUUUGGUGAUUGAAAGGUAUUUUUAUCAAUAGAAAUUGUACUGUUUGUGGAACAUUCUCGGUCUAUUUUCAGUCUCCAUGUGAAAGCGCUCCCUGUAAGAACGGUGGUGACUGUGAUCCUAAUUAUGAGUGGAACUCCUAUCAAUGUCACUGUAAGCCUGGAUUCUGCGGAACUCACUGCAAACGAGGAGGUAUAAAACAGUUCGUGUGCUUUUUUUGUUUUGUUAUUUUUUUUUUCAAAUGUUGAAAAUUACAUUUGCAGUGGGUUUUGAUUCAAUUUUUUUUGUGAUUGGUCAUUUUCACUGAAUCGUUUACAACUUUAGCUUCUUGAGAGCUCUACAUACCUCUUAAGUGCUUCACAUCCAGAUAAGCACACAGCUGCUGCGAUAGAGCAUUAUUCACGUAAAAGUUUGCUACGUUUCAUUGCGUACUGUACGUCAUUAUUAUGUACAAUGGGAAUACGAAGCACGCUAAUGAUUGUACACGGAUUCUCUGACGAAAUGUAAUCCUUCCCAUAAAAACCCCAUGAGUUUAAUCAGAUGCCAAGAACGCAUUAAAUAAGAUAUACUUAAUUAUAAUCAAUUUCUACUUUUUUUUCCUUCCAAGGAGAUAAAACCUGCAGUCAGAUCAAACUAUGUAAUCUCCCAAGUGGAUCUUACGUCAUCGACCCUGAUGGAGAGGGCGGAGUGAAACCUUUCAAAGUCUAUUGUAACAUGACUGACAAGGACGGUGUUGGAGUGACAGUUGUCAGUCAUGACAGUGAAGGCAGGACGUUGGUGCGAGGGUUUAGUGCCAAAGGCUCUUAUUCUCGCUCCAUCAAUUACACGGAGAAUGAUAUGGCUCAACUGGCAAACCUGACAGCUUCAUCAGCUCGCUGUGAGCAGUUUAUAAAGUACGAGUGCUACAACUCACAGCUCCUCUCCAAUGGUAACAUGUACGGCUGGUGGGUGUCACGUGAUGGAGAGAAGAUGAAGUACUGGGGAGGAGUUGAUUCUGUUGAUUACAAAUGCGCAUGCGGCUUGAAUAAUACAUGUGCAAACAUUAACCGCGGAUGCAACUGUGACGCGAAUGACCCCACAUGGCGAGAGGACAGCGGCCUCCUCAAAGACAAAUCCAAGCUGCCAGUGAAACAACUGAGGUUUGGAGAUGCCUAUUAUUAUGGUGACAAGGGAUACCACACACUUGGAAAGCUCAAGUGUUUUGGACUCAUUUAAAACUUACAUACAAAAAAGUGCAUUGUAGCCAUACACUUGUUUUUUGUAGACUCCGUUGACGUACCGCUUUAAAGCAACUAGCUGUCUGUACAAUUGCUUUUUGCAGUUCGCUUUUUGCGAACGUAAUCGACGAAACAAUUUUGUUAUGAAGUGAAAACCACCCUAAUUUAGACACAUAUCGUAUGCGUAGUAGAUUAUUAUACAUUCCUUUAAGUGCCAAAGGCCUUUCUUCUACUCAUAGAAGGGAAGAAGAAUGGAGAAGGAAGAAGUGCGAGGCACCGAGCGGGAUCACUUCACCUGAGAAGAUUGUUUCGCUUUCCACCGAUAUCUCACAAUUUGGUUCAUCUAGCAGAGUUAAAAAUGGAAAACUUUGAUUGUAUUUGCGACCUUUUAGGCCUUUGGCAGCAUAAGAUUUAAAUGAAAAUUUCCCCUUGGAAAUGCAAAAAAGCCAAAAAGAGUUACCCAACAUUUAACUGUAUCGGCGUGUUUUGCCAAAAGAAAGGAAAAGCUUGACCUUCAACCUAAGGUUUAUAUUCUAUUGUACGCAGCAAUAGAUCAAUAAGCAAGAUGAUUCAGAUUUUUUCUGUUAGCCUAAGACGCUCGUUGGUAGAAAGUCCCUUUGCUUAGAGCAAACAGCGCAAGUGUACGGAGAAAAAAGUAUUUAAAACCUUUAAUGUGUUUGGUUGAAUCUUCUAUUCAACGAAAACUGAAUGAAAUACUCCUUCGAGACUCGCGCGUGGUGUCAUUUGAGCAAGGGGUUUCCUAACAUCUUCAAAGGAAGUCGAACAUAUUACUUGUGAUGGAGUGAAUGAAAUCAUCUCACAAAUAUCAGUAGGAAGGUGAAAAAUGUUUGGUUCUGAUAUAUAGCGCAUAUGUUUUAGCAUAUUAAGCAUAAUUUUGGGCGCCCAAGGCCCAUUUUCGCUGUUUGUAGUUUUGAGACAGAGAUUGUUAACAGUAUGAAAAACAUUUGUGAAAACAAUAAACAUGUAGUCCAAAUACCUUGAAAUUGAAAAGAAAACCCGAUCAUCACUUACAGAUUUGUACAAUAUUGUUCUACAGUGUAUGACGAUUAAACAACUACGUACGUUUGCCUUGUUGGUCUCCCAAAAUUCUGACAAUUGUACUUUUCAACAAACUCGGUCCUUUAGGUUUUUUCCCGUACGUCUGAGACUCUCGUUGAUAUAAAUUAUCUUAGAUUAAAGAAAGCAACUCAAGUACACUGAGUCAACAAAAAUUUCAAAGGCCCCAUUCUAACUGAGCCGUUGGUGAGGCACUAUCACUAUCAAAAAAUUAAAUGAAAUAAUACAGACCACAACAAAUUAGUUACUGAUAAUAUAACUGUCUGCAUGCAUAACAAGCUAACAUAAGCUCCAAUGAUUCCUGAAUAACGUAUCAGAAUCCUAAAGAGGAAUGUUAUGGUUGUACCACAUUUGCUUACCUGAUUGUUUAUCAUGUAAAGAGAGGCUCGAGAGAGAGCUUCCUCUUCAGAGUCUAUCGGUCAAGUUGUUAUACUCUAAACCAAAACUGUUAAGACAUCUUUCAUCGAUGACUGGCUUGAUUUAUAUGAUUAAGAAUGCAAGUUAAGCUGGACGUUCAAAUAAGAGUUUGAAAACCUCUUUCAUAAAAUAAAUGAAGACAAAAGGCACACACUUCAUCAAGGUGCGAUUGAAUAAACGGCCUGGAUACUGCUACCCUCCUUGAGGGCAGUUGGCUUCAAUUCUGUGAACAAUGCCUCCAACUUCAAUUCUAGAAACCAGAAAUACGGUAAACACAAUAUCAAGACGAGUGAAAAAAGGAGAUCAUCAGAGGCUGGCGAGUAUCUCUUAAGGGUGGAGUGAGGAAGGGAGCCACUGCAUUAGUAGCUAUCUGAUCAAUGUCACUAUGCGCAUGCGUGUUAGUGGCACUGAUCAAAAACAUAAAUUGCAUUUUCCACGAAAGCAACACAAUUACCCAGCCAAGGCUCGAGGUCCAACUCGCUACUUACCAUUCGGCCGCAUUUACUUUUGGCGCAUUAAAGCCUAAAAAUGCCAGCCGAUGGUUUUCUUCUUAUCUUUUGGUCGCCGAACCUGUAUCGUCUUCCUUGGCGUUCUAGGUGGAGACGCGGAAAACUGUGGAUGAGAAUCCCGAGCCUUCCUUCCUCCCCCAAUUAAGUUUCCCUUUUACAUAGAUGACACGUCAAAAAUCUUUUUGAUUGUCACGCAAUAAACCCUCUGACUGUAUUCUCAUGUUCUAUCAAACGAUACGCCUCCAUGCUUAACCUUCAGAAAUUUUUUCUCAAAUGAGCCAUAACUAAAAUUCGACUACGAACACCGUCACUUUGAAUAAUGCUUGUAUAUAAUCACAUACUACUAAAAAGUCACCUGUUAAGCUGCUCUUCGACUCACCGUCGAUGGCAAUGAAACAUGCGUUCGAUGUUUCUUCGAUGUUUUCAUUAUUCACGUAAAAACUGAUAAAAGAAAGUUGAAAACUUCCCUUUUUUCCUUAUCCAAUAUUUUCCCAAAUUGAUUGGGGCAAGAAGUUUAAAAAAACUGUAAAGAUAACAUGUUAUUUUCAGGCAGUCUGAAGAUAAAAACACGCAAGAAAGAUGCGUGAAAAUGCCUCGAGCAACUCGAGCUUCUUGAGUUUUUUGAGCCAAUUUACUUUUAUAUUUAACAUUAUUAACAAGGAAGUUUGAAAUUUGGAUGAUGAGGAGCGAUUUCCUCCACUUCAUUGUGCGCAAAAACAUUACUAGCACGAUAACAAAACGAAGCAGGCUCGCGCUAUUAAAUGUAUUAAUAGGUUACAAUACUUGUUUACGUGAACAAUGCUGGUACAGACAAAAUAUUAUCAGCAGUCAAAUAUUAAUACAAUGAUCAUGGUGAUUAUUCAUUUUGAGGUAGACGUCUCAAGAUUCUAGCUCUCCAAAUAACCAACACAAAGAGUAUUGCAUUAAAAAAGUAUUUUAGGGGGUGUAACUUGAAAUACUCAGGAGCUACAGCAUUUGCAUAAUAAAAGCGAUCACAUUUCCACGCCCACUUUUUUCAUACCUCUAUCCUUUGGUUGUCACGUUUGAAUUGGUUUGAUAGCGAAGAGGGAAAGAUGGAUUUUUGGCGCUUUGAAUAUAUAUUCGGUAGGCGUCUCGGAAAACUGUUUCCUGCCACCUUAAUGGCUUCACGCUAAGCGGGAUAUCAAAGGUUUAGCAUGCCAGCUGCUCGAAAAAUAUACAAAUGAUGUACUCCUAUGUUCCACAAAAAAAAGUAUGUGCAUAUCUGCGAAUUGGAACACAUUAAGUGUGCCGUCAAUUCAGGCCUCAAAAACCCUGUGAAAGGUUACAAACUUGCCUCCUCUUGAUGGCGCGAUUUCCAAUACAUAUCGAAAAGCUUAUUUAUCUGAACUUAACAUCGUAAGCCUGGAUCGCCUCAGGGUAAACCCGAGUCAUUUAUUGAAAAUAACAACCUUUUCUCUUCUCUUCUUUCUCUCAGCAUGAUGUUACUCAAGUAUAGAGUAGAAAGUAAACUGUUUAAAUAAAUAUUUUGUAGUGAAUUUUAAAAAAACCUUGACCGUUUUUGGUAAAUUAUUGUCAGCCACAUUAGUUAAAAGAAUGUAUCUCACGCCUUGAACAGGUUACAGAGCUGCAAUGGGCUCGAAGGGAAUUUGUACAUUCUACAUUACGAAUGUCAUUUCUGUUUUCGUAAGAGAAGGUUAUAAUAUUCUUUGUUAUCGAUUGGCUACUAUAUCUGACUUGGUACAAAAUCAACGGACAAUAAUUAGGCAAUAACCCUAUAUAAGAAAGCCGGCGAGAAAGCCGACGAAAAAAGCCCGAGAGUUUCAUUUUUUCGAAUCUAUUAUUUUACAAAGGAAGAAAAACGACCUUAUUUUGUAGAGUCCACAGGUGUUUAUAAUAAAAGGCUGACCUCAAAUGCUACUUUGGAAAGUACAAUAAAAUGUUUUAAACGCACGAUACGAAAAUUAAUGUGAGGGUUAUAAAAUAAAUAUACCCUCUUCUAGCUUUCUGGCUUAUCGGCUGAUCAUUACCAGCAAUCCGAGACAUUUUACUCCCGCGGUCCGCGAGGUCAGUAGUUUCUUCAGGUUCUACUGUUCAUGCGCUAUGGCGUCAGAUUUCAUGUAAACAUGGAGCGAAGUAGAUUUCCGCGGAGGAAUCGAGUUGAUUAUAAAGCACUAAAUGUUCUUUCUACAGUGGAUUUAGAAGUUCAUUUGAAAGGAAGGAGAAAAUUUAAAAGCGGAUCUAAAGUUUAUUUUGUGGAGAGACUUAUCAGCCGGCGAAGAUUGAAGAACGAGGUAUGUGUAUUGACCCUUUUAUGUUCCUGCAGCUAUAUUUUACUUCGGAUGAAAUUUAUACUACAAUCGAAGUAAGUUCAUAAACAGCUCUAUCUCGCUAUUCGAGAUUCUUGAACGCAUUGCUGUUUUAUAUAAGAAAGAGGAGAUUCAGUGACCUUAAGUUGAAAUUCUAGGGAUUUCUUUUCGAAAUCGAGCAAAACAUCAGACAUUUUUUGACGAUUCAGACUGGAAUGAGCUCACAGUGAUACAAGUUUUGUUUUUUAUAAUUGGCGCGAUUUGGCGCUUGUAGGAGUCUGCAGAUUGUUAAAACAGCGGUAAAAAGCGUGGAAAUGCUAGGCUGCUAAGCUGAAGUAAAUAUGGCGACUUUUUUUUUUUCACGAAAAAACGAUGGAAAGUGGUCGUUCUUCGCGUCCUACAGGACAUUCGCGAGCUCAGGUAAAGGUUACGUCUAAUAGUGAAAAAGCCCUAUUUUCAAGAUUGAUUUGCGGCCUCCUAUUUUAUCAUGGAAGGCUUUAUUUAACGUAUUUGAAAGAUCGUAAACUGAAGAAAAUUUUGAGGGGUCGGCACCGAUGAAAGCAUGAAACACACGGACAGCUCAAAGCAUGGAAGUGAAGGUAAGUGAAGGUAUUUGGAUGAAACUAUAAAGGAAGUACAACCGAAGAUCUUUGUUAUUUUACCUCUAUUCCGCGGCUCGACGAAUAAACGAAACGGUGAAAAAACUUUCGCUUCGUAGUGCAGUUGCAUAUUAUUUAUCAACGAGAGGUCGGCACGUAGAAUUUAAUUUAUUUAAACUGCCAAAAAAUAAGAUUUUAUUUCAGAUCCCAUACAUUUCUUUGUAUCUUCGGGAAGCCAUUUUGAAAGUAAUCUUUGAUUGACGUACGGUAUUUGAGACGCAAUAUGACUCGCAUUGCUGGUAAUGUAAUACCCUUGGCUGAGAGACUGUCCUCAAAAUUUCAAAUUUCCUCUCGAAGCCUUGCUUCUCGGCCAACGAUUCACUUUAUAAACAAUUUUUCAGCCAUGGACAUUAUCAGCCAACAUACCAGACGCCUAAAUGUGGUUUCUUUGCACGUUAUUUCUGCCAGCCCUCGAAAUUUCGUAAUUCAAACAUGCGUUACACCUGCUCCCUAGAUGCGACUUUUUAUCAUAAAAAGCAAACAAAUACUAUAAAAGGAUAAGUUUUAUUAUUCACAAUUAAAGUGCUAUAUAUCUUAAAGCAGCUCAUUCAGGUGUUGUCGUCCAACAGCCACCAUCAUGCUGCUCCUGCCACUCUUAAUAUUUUUCCCUUCGUUGCUUACUUGAUGUUUGCCAUGCAGAACAGCGCUCUUUAUCGAAAUCCAACAGGCGAAAUUUCUCACGGUAACUUUAAGUGCGACCCCUUUUAUUACCUUGGGAAGAAAAACUUACAUCGUCCAUCGUAA